UUGUCCGGAAGUAACAAGUCAAAACAUAUGACGCAUCGACGGCGAUUGCGAACUAACACCAACUAACACCCCCUCUCUCCUAUCACACGUCACAAUGGGCAAAUUCUACGACGAAAUGCCCGGAUAUGUUAUGGCCAUGAUCAAGAAACAGCAUAUGUUCUGGGUAGCCACGGCUCCACUGAGUGCAGAUGGGCACGUCAAUCUAUCAUCCAAAGGGGUUGAGGGGACUUUCCACGUCAUUGACUCUCACACGGUAUGGUACGAGGAUCUUAGUGGAAGCGGAGUGGAGACCAUAUCACACCUUCGCGAAAACGGAAGGAUUACUAUUUUGUUCAACGCUUUUGAAGGUCCACCAAGCAUUGUCAGGCUGUUUGGACGAGGCAAAUUUUACGAAUUCGGUACACCUGAGUACAAUGCAUUUAUUCUCCCCGAGACCCGUCAUCCUGGAUCCCGUGCGGUCAUCAUGAUCGAUGUGCACAAAGUCGGGACAUCCUGCGGCUAUGCUGUACCAUUUUACGAGUUCAAAUCACAUCGUACCAAGCUGCUUGAACACGCGGCGAAAGUUGAGCUUGCUGAUAUCGAUGCCGAAGAGGCGGACAACACGAUAUGCGAGCCUCCUCGACCGGAUAAUGGUCUGAAGCAGUACUGGAUCCAGCACAACUCUCAGAGUAUUGACGGCCUACCUGGUAUGACUUUCGGGCCGAAUUCUACGGAGAAAUUCCAAACCAGGGGCAAGGUGUAUAAGAAGGAUGACGAGAGUGUAUCGAUGCAAGGUUAUUUCGGCAAGCUGGAUAUGAGGUUUAUUCUUGGCUUUUCUUUGGGUGUAGCGGUUACCGCCGUUUCAAACUUUCUCUUAUAGUAUCGACGGAGCUUGGAACGGGAUGGAAACGAUGUAAUUGUAUGCAUGCAAUGUACGUGCCGGAAUUCUAAGUAUGCGGUAUGGUAAAAACAUAUGUGU